UGAUUUGGCUUGAUAACGUGUCGGGUUAGUAACGGUUCGCACGAAUUUGGUGCAGCUCAGUUUCGAGUUUGAAAAAACUGGAUCAGGUUGGUUUCGGUUUCCAAAAAAUGGGUUUUUAACAAUUCAGUUUCUUUUCGAAUCGAUUCGAAACAAUCGGGUUUAACGAUUUGGAUUAAAAACUCACGGCUAUAACUUUUUCAUUUUAUAAUAACUUGUACCUUGUACCGUACCAAGAUGCCACCAAUGACAAUUUUAUAAUAUUCUUAGCAACUUCUAGGUUUAAUAAUUAGGUUAUUUUCAUUUUUACCACCUUCAAAUAAUGACUUUGUCGAAUUUACCACCUCAAAAAAAAAACAUUUACUUUACCACCUCAUAAAAAAAUUAAACAUCAGUUUUACCACCUCAUCUGAGCUCAGGUGACGGAAAACGCUUGUGGGGCCCAGCAUAACAGCUAGUUUUUGAUUUUUUCCCAAAUUUCUCUCGAUUUCCCUUUUAUUUAAACCUAGUUCUUCAUUUGUACACCAAAUUCUUGCAGAUUGGAGAUUAAUUUUUGUGAUUUUCUUCACAAAUCAGUAUUUUUGGGCAACCUUAACAAUCCCAAACCCUCUAAUUAUCAAACAAUCAAUUGAACUCCUCGACAACAAGCAUCAAAAAGAAGGGAAUGUCUUCAGUUAGCAUGUCACCCUCAAAGGAGAAAAAAUGCCAAUGUGGAGUUCCAAUGUCUAGGCUGACUGCUUGGACUAGGGAGAACCCUGGACGCAAGUUUAGGACCUGCAAAUUCUAUGAUCCUGUGACUGAGUCAAGGGGGUGUAAAGCUUUUGAGUGGGUGGAUCAACCAGAUGGAACACCUUGGAAAACAGAGGUGAUUAACAACUUGUUGCUGGACAAGAAACUAAUGAAGGGAGAGCUGAAUGACAUGAAGAGGGAAGUUGAUGAUGUUAGUGGACAAAGGAGGUACUUGCUCAAUGAGAUUGACAGCUUGAAGAUGAAAUGCAAAGCUCUUAGCUCAGACAGGAAGAAGAUGAUCAAGGAAGUGCAUGGCAGCAAUGCAACAACAAAGAAAAUGCUCACAGUACAUGCUAUUGUUGUGUUUUGUUGUUUUGGUUUGGUACUGGCUAUGUAUUUUAGAUCUUAGGUUCAUUUAGGAAUGCUUAGAAACAAAAAAAAUCCCCAACUUAUGUUGUGUUUUGUUGAAUUAUUAUGUGUGGAUGUUGGGAUGACAUUUCUUGUACUACU